AAAUAUUGAUUCAAGUUGAUGCCGGAAAUUUAAUCAACAAUAUAAGUUCAAUAUCGACCAGGUUAAAAAUCACCAAGUUUUAAUUGUCGACAAAAAAUGUGAUAAUUUUGAUCAAUUGUCAUCAACUCAUCUCAAUGAUUCCAGUUUCCUGGUUUAUGGUUGAUUAACAUUGAAAUGAUUGCCUUGAUUGUUUCUCUUAUUUUUGAUUGUUCAAACCUCAUCAUUUCUUGGUGGAGAUGAUACAAUAAUCAUCAGUUGAUCUUAAUCUCGAUUAGUGGCAACAACUACUGGAGAUUUAAUUUUCAAUCUAAUUUGUGAUCUGCAGUUAACAAUAUGGAAUCAAUUUCCAAUGGGAAAAGUGUAUCAAACUUAUUCCAAUUUCUAGUGGUUGUGGAGAUCAUUUUAUUCAAUCCAGUUAAUUGUGGGAAUCAAUCGUUAUCGACAACACCAUUAUCGAUUUUAUCAUCACCUCUGCCAAUACCAUCAUCGACUUUACCAAUUACAACUUUAUCCUCUUCGCAAUUAACGAAACUCAACGAUAAAUCUUAUGUUAUUCCAGUGAGAUUAAAGUUAUCCAAAGAGUUUAAUUCAACGAAAUCGCUAUUGGCCUCAGGCUCUUCGUCAUCUUUAAAUCUCCCAAUCGAGUCCAAAUCGAAUCUUUUCCGUUGGUUUCCCUUUAAUCGUCUUUAUAAACGCCAAGGUAGACAGACAAAUGUACAAAUCGCUGUGACCGUAACAUUGGCCAUUACAGCGGCUUUAAGUGCGAUUAUUUUGGCCUUGCUAAUCGCUCUCUUGAUUAGCAUUGGAAGCCUUGGAUAUGCGGUUAAAAAGUGUUCCUUUGGUUUUGGUAAAUAUCUUUUUAAAUUGUUCGGUUCAGUCGAUCAGCAUAGUCACAAGUUUAUCCAUAUAAUACAUUUGAUAAUCAGAAUUCUGAAUGAAGUUUCCGGACGACAACAUCAUCAAACUGAUUUCCUAUUCCAUUUGCUUCAUAUCGUUCGUGAAGUUGGAAUCGAGAGACAAAAUCAACGUCUCCUAGCAAGUAAUGAGAUUAAUGUAAACGACAACGGUCCACCUCAACUAAAUGGUCCACCACCGAAUCAUCAUCACGAUUUAUCGGGAUAUCCUGGUUUCUCAGAUUCACCGAGAAGUUUUAUCGAGCGAUCGGUUCGUCCACCUUUUGAACAUGGUCCUAUUCCUAAAGGUUAUGGUUUUCCUCGAACCUUUGACCAUUCAAAUCGUGAUGAAGAUACACCUUUGAGCUACAGCAAUAAAUCAAGUGAAUAUGAAAUGUCCAGGAAUCAGAAUUCUCAUCCAAAUCUUCAAUACCAGAGUCCAUAUUAUAAUAAUAUCGAAACGUCAAGACAAGAUUCCUCGUCGGCUUAUGAUUCAGAUCAACAUCCGAAUCAUAAAUAUAAUUAACUGGAAGAUAUUUUCUCCUGGUUGACCAAUCAUCUCCUUUGGUUAAAUCUUUAGCUAAAAGCUAUAGAAUUACAAUUUAAUUUAUAUGUUUGAUAUACAUGAAAAAGAUUUAAUUUAUUCACUCCAAUUGGUUUAUUUCCUUUGAUUACUACGAAUGUGUUUGUGUUAAGUUAAUCGUAUAAACAAUCAGUCUGAAAUUGUGUUUGUAAAAAUGAGAAAAUGAUUAAUAAAUUAUGUUAAAUAAUCAAAAAGCAAGACA